CUCAAGUCCACCAACCAUCCGCUGGAUCCGACCAGGAACGCUAGUCCACUCGGCUCGACGGUUCAUUGCUUGUCUGCGGCAGCUCGACGGUUUGCGUGGCCGUCGCAUCCAGUAGAAAAAGCAACGAAUCGUUGCCCGACCGCAACUCUUCUCCCCUCCUCCACUUCUCCUGCUGCUCCGCCUCUUCCUAGAAUGUCCUCGUCGUCCUGUCCUGCUUCCUGCCAGAUCUCCGCCUCUCGUCGUGUCCGCCUAUGUUAGAGCUUCAGUCGCGUUCGAUUUCCCCCGAUGUUGGACCGGCCAUUCGCCAUGGCGGGUUCCAGUGGUCAGUCGCGGCCGGUUGGGUGGGAUUGAUCUGGUAUACCGUCGUGGUGGCCGUCUGCAUGCUGGGAUACUUUCAGCUAUGGAGGAAUUAUUUGCGGAUUCCCCGGAAAUCCUCGUCCGCAACGGCCUCGAACGCCCCCCACGUCACCGCAAUCCGACCGGUCAAAGGACUCGAACCGCAUCUCUACGAAUGUCUGGCCUCAACCUUCCGACAGGACUACCCCCACGACAAGUUGACUGUCUCCUUCUGUGUGUCCUCCCGUAGUGACCCGGCAUACCCGAUCCUACAGAAGUUGGUUUCGGAUUUCCCCCAUGCCGAUGUGCGACUCUACGUCGAAGACGAUGACCCGUUACUCCAACCGGACCACUCCCCCACCUACGACUUGGGUCCUAAUCCCAAGAUCCGGAACAUGAGUCGGGCCUACCGAGAAGCCAAAGGGGAUAUUGUCUGGAUCAUUGAUUGCAACGCGUGGGUGGGAAGAGGCGUUUGUGGCCGCAUGGUGGACAGGCUGUGCGGCACUGGUGCUACUCCAGGGAAGCGGUACAAGUUCGUCCAUCACUUGCCGGUUGCAGUGGACAUGUCAGGAACUGCCAGUCUCCGAGAGGAGCAGGAAGCAUUGCUAGAGUCCUACACAAACCGCAACGCCAUCCGGGAGAGCAGCGAGGCAGCAGCGGUAAUAGGGCACGAAACGGGUCUACUUGCGACAGGUGGCGGCCGUUUGGAAGAACUGUUUCUGUCCUCCUCGCAUGCAAAGAUGUACACUGCUAUCAACACCGUGUUGAUCGCACCAUGCAUCGUGGGCAAGUCCAACAUGUUCCGCCGCUCGCACCUCGACUACCUGACCGCACCGUCUCCGACGGACCCCCGCCGCCGUAACGCAGGCAUCGAUUACUUCUCUGACAAUAUCUGUGAAGACCACCUGAUUGGGGACCUACUCUGGAAGAAACCGGUACGCGAGGAGAAGGAGCUUGGCGAGCACUGGGGCAAACAUGCGCUGGUAUUCGGAGACCUUGCUUUCCAGCCGGUAGCCAACAUGAGUGUGCAGGCGUAUGUGGCACGCCGGGUGCGGUGGCUGCGCGUCCGCAAGUUCACCGUAAUGCUUGCAACGCUUGUCGAACCGGGCACGGAAUCGAUCUUGUGUUCGUGCUACGGGGCGUGGGGCGUCACGACGGUUCUGGCACAGUAUCUUGGAGACAAGGGCUAUGCAUUUGCGGCGAGUCUGUCUACCUGGACGGGACUCUGGGGCUGCUUCUGCCUGAGCAUGUUGGCAUGGAUCCUGAUAGACUGGACGGUCUACAUCAUGCUGCACAGCGGCAAAACGGUGGAACUGGACGAAGACACGCCUUCCUUUGCGCGGCCCCCACGAGCCGUAACGCGCCGGAGCUUCCGGCAAUGGUUCGCGGCCUGGCUGGGACGGGAGAUGCUGGCGUUUCCGAUCUGGCUGUGGGCCGUGUAUGGCGGCGUGACGGUGACCUGGCGGGACCGGCAGUUCCGGGUCGGGCUGGACAUGAAGGUCCGGGAGAUUGAGGGGAUUCCCACCAUCCCCAGGACUUCAUCCUCGCGCUCCUCCAGCUCAUCCUCCACCGCAGACCGCACCAAAUCCCGACGCGACUAGCCAACCCCAUAGACAUACAUACCGGUAACCAUCGCAUAAAAAGAAUAGACCGCAAUGAACUUUUUAAUAUAUGCCCAAA